GCAUGGCUCACCCCCUCUGAGAGCCGGAGCAGAGGGCGGCGAGCCCCGGCGGCAGCACGGCCACCGCGGGGUCCCGGCCCCGGGGAGCUCGGCUCCGGCGUGGGGCGGCUGGAAUUCCCCCGGCGGGUAAUGCCCGGCUGGGCCGGCACAGGGCGCUGAGGAUCCGGGGGGCCGAGCAGCCGUGAUGACCCCCGAGAAGGUGCUGAGGGAGGGGGUGCUGGAGAAGCGGAGCGGGGGGCUGCUGCAGCUCUGGAAGAAGAAGCGGUGCCUGCUGACGGAGAAGGGGCUGCAGCUCUUCGAGCCCAAGGGCUCGCGGCGCAAGGAGCUGAGCUUCGCCCGCAUGAAGGCCGUGGAGUGCGUGGAGUGGAAGGAGCGGCACAUUUACUUCACGGUGGUGAUGGACGACAGCCUCGAGAUCGACUUCCGCUGCGCCCAGGAGGACCCGGGCUGGAACGCUGAGAUCACCAUGGGGCUCGUGCGCUUCAAGAACCAGCAGGCGAUGCAGGAGUGGUGCAGCUGGACGCAGCCCCGGUGGGACAGCCCAGGGAAUCGCAGCUUCCCAGGAGUCGGAUGGAGAUGGCCCUCGGCUCGACAGGUGCUGGAGAGAACGGGAUCCCUGCGGGCAAGUGAGGUCACCGCUGCGCAGCCCGGGGACAAGGACAGUGGCCCCGGGGAGGCCGGUGCGGGCGCUGGCUCCCCCUUGCCGGGGCAGGACAGAGGAGCUGGGUGGGCACAGCCACCUCCCCUUGGCACAGCGGGGCAGAGGACACAGGCAGGGCCACCACCUGGUGCUUCAGACAAGGCAGGAGGUGACAUCCCUGCCUGGGGCCCCACCACCCUUCAUUCAAGUGACAUGUGCAGGACUUGGUGCACUGGUGGGGACCCCAGGCCUCUCCUGCAGGACAGGGGAUGGAUGAGGCUGUGCCCGAAGGAUCCGUGCCACAGGGAGCUCUGCCUGUGUGACAGUGACACUGGGAAAUGGUUGUGGCUGGGUUCCAGUUUUAAAAAGGGGCUGGAAAGCUGCUGCUGCAGCAGGGACCCCUCAGCAGGGCACUGGAGCGAUGGUGUGGUGACACAGCCAUGCUGCUGGACAUUGUCUUACCCUGGGAUGUCCUUGGGCUGUUGGGGAAUGCUGGGGACCCCAAUUCCCUGUACCAAAAGUGUCCCUUAACAGGACUUUCAGCUUCUUA